AAGAAUUUCACAGUCAAGUCUCUCAGUACACAUUCAGAAUGUUACAGAGUAAAGAUCUUAUCGUAUGUUUCCUCUGUCUGUGGAUUUUCGUAAAUAACGCAAAAUGCCAAGACAUCGAAGAAAUGUCUAAAACGUUGGAUAAUAUACUGGUUAAUACUAGAUCAUUUCGUCGACCACGGAAUCACGAAGAUGCAUCGUCAAUUUGGCAGGAAUAUGAAUUUGGCACUGGGGCUGGAAAUCGAGAAGAAGUUAUUGUGACAAAUAUUUCAUUGCACAAAUUUAAUAUGCCUGAUAACAUUAAUUGGCAAUUUUUACAAGCAGAAACCGCUUACUUUAUUCGUGCUGAGAAUUCAACAUUGUCUUUCUACGAGAUUGAUCUUGAUGAUUUGUCAUUUAAACAUACUAUAAACAUAACAACUGAGGGACAUAUAUUACGAUUUAAAGUUCUUAAUUUAAAUACUGAAGAAACAUUUCAUGAGAAUCACGUUAAUAAUUUAAUGGUAGUUCUAAUGGUUGAAUUCCAACAAAGCUAUUACUUAUACUGGUAUAGAAUCUUUGGAAAUACGUAUACAUUAUAUUCAACAUGGCCUGUACAAAAACAAUAUCAAGACAUGGAAUUUAUGCGAGAAGAAAAUCAACAUGAAUUAUUGUUACUUGACAAUGAUGUAUAUGCCGAAGAACAAUCGUUGAUCGAUAUUUACGGUUUCAAUGUUGAUUAUAAUAGUCAUCGCAUCGAUAUAUGGCUUUGUCGGCGGUUAUUUGUUUCAAAAGUAUUUGAUAUUCAAAUCUGCUCGAUUUAUGGACGCUCCAUGUUAGGCUUUCAAGGAAUUGAUAGCAUUAUUUUAUAUAAAUCGAAAAUUGAACACGCAUUAUGCCAACUUGAAAAGUUUGAAACUAUUAAAUCUAACAAGCUCACAAAUUUUGUCUGCUUCGAGAGUGGUUACAUCGAAUAUCUAGCAAUUGGUGGAGAGAAAACGCGUUUAUUUCGCUUUUCCGAGAACGAGUUUCAAGAUAAUAUUGAAACAGAUCUGCAUUUUAAUGACACUACUGAAAUUGCUUGGAUUACCACUAUACCACUGAACACAUAUCGGGAUGAGUCAUUGUUAUUGGUUCAAUUUAAAAACUUGUCAGUAAUCGCCUUGGCUUGGCAAGGAUUAAAGUUUAAGACAGUAGUUUUACCUAAUCAAAUUUUGAAUAAUUUUGAUCUGUCAAAAAUCGUCAUUAUUCCAAAAGUUGGAUUUAUCCAUGCAAACGUACUCGUACGUAUAGAAGUGGCCUUGAAUGAAUUAGAGCAUCCUAUUCACAAGGAGACGAAAAGCAUGUUAAAGACGCGAGCUCUGUUGGAGGAGAUUUUUCGAAAACAGGAAGUCAUCUUUGACGAGACUGAAGCACACUUGAAUCAAAGUUACUUUAAAAAUUCCAUAUCAGGAUUUUGGAAUUUUUCAGAAGUGGAUGUGUCGAAUGCUACAAUCGAAAGAAAUGUAAAUUAUGGCGCUGUCAAAGUCGGUUUAAUCGACUUAGAAAUGGAAGACAUGAUGACAAAUGUGACAUCAAGUUUAAAGAAACUAGAGGAACUUGAAAUAAAGCUUAAUCAAACCUUAUUGGAUUUGAAAAAUAUAACUAAUUCGACGACAAUUAACUUAUCCUCGGAUAUUGAAUUAAAUGGAAAUUUUCUAGUGACUGGAACUCUGCAUGCGAAAAAUAUAACUGCUGCUUUUGUAAAUAACGCAUCAACUUCAUUUGCAGCAAAGAAUAUUGUAGAUCACGCUUCUGUUAUUGACGGCCAAAAAUUUUUUCUUUCCAUUGAUACUAAUAACUUGACGGUUUUCUCUUUGAAUGGCGUUCCAUUGGAAGAAAUUGUUUUCGAUACUACAAUCAAAAAUUAUAACAACACUGAUUUUUCAAAAUUAAAACGAUUAGAGAUUAAUGGACACUUAAACUUUUCCGAGAUAAAUAAUGUUAAAUGGAAGAAUCUAAUGCAAAGUAUAGUAUGGAAAGAUGAAUCAAUAAUUAUUCCAGGAGAGACAAUCGUGGAAGGGGAGCUUAUCGCCGACGAGGUCAAUAUAAAAAAUCUGAAUUAUUUACAAUACCCAAAAGAUUACGUUCUAAUUAAUAAUAAAUAUUCUAUCAAUGUUACGGGUGAAAAAUACUUUGCCAACCUGUCUACAACACAUUUAUUGAGCAUCAAUACAAUAAAUAAUAUAAGUAUUGAUGAUUUCAUUAUUCUUAGCAGACACGAAGUCAUUGAUCAUGAAAUUACUUUUGAGAACCUGGAGAUUGGUGGAACUUUUCAGAUUGACGGCAAUGUAACGGGUAUUAACAUAAGUAACAUAGAGAAGUUGCUCAAUGAAACCGAUAGGCUUUCAUCAGAUGUUAUCUUUGAAAAUCUGAUUGUGAUGGGAAACAUUGUACUCCAAGAUUCAAUUAAUGCUAAUAUGUGGUCAGAUUUUGAUGAUAUUUUGUUGAAAACUGAAGAGAAUGCAUUAAUUACUGGAAAUAAAAAGUUCUUGAAUGGCAUUUAUAUAAAAACUAACGCAACAAUUAAAUCCGGACAAAUUAAUAAUCACUUAUUCUCAGAAUUUGUAACGCUAAAUACCGAUCAAAAGUUUCCUUAUUUGAAAAAAAUAUCGGCAAAUGUCAUGUUGGGAAAUGUAACUUUUGGCAUGUUGAAGAAGUUAGAAGAUUAUAUAACCCGCGAACAAAAUGUUACUUCUGCUUGCUUAAACAAAGUAUUAUUUUUUAUUAGAUCAUGUAUCAUUGAUAACUUAUCUUUUGAUACUCUAAAGCAAAAUAUCACGCAGACUGCUUUCUUUGAUAAAUUAAAUCAAACUUUCCAAAAACCGUAUAUCGAAAAUUUGACACUCUCAACAUUAAUAGCCGAAGAAAUCUUGCCGAACACAAUCAAUUAUAUCAAUUACACUGAUUUGAGUAAACGCAUCUUAACAAUCUCCACGCAACAAAAUUUGACAGGAACUUUAAUAAUUGACAAUUUAGAAACCAAUGUCUUGAACGCCGAAAUCAUCAAUGGAAUGCCAUUGAAUAAAUUAAAUCGAUUAUUAGCAUUUCAUAAUGACAUUUUCAACGGAAAUGCGUCAAUAAAAUCACUUCGAGUGACAGGGAUGUUAACAGCAUCUUUGAUAAAUGAAAAUGAUAUCGUUAACGUUUACAAGAAAGAUACCAUGGGGACUGUAAUUUUCAAUAAAAACAUAUCGGUUAAAAACCUAACAGUGAUUGGCUUCGUAAACGGUUUAAAUCUAUCUGAAUUCGUUAUUGACGCUGUACAAAAAGCCGACAGAAAUGUUACAUUUAUAGGCUACAAAACAUUCGAAAAUGUUACGUGUGAGUUUUUGAAAACGCAAUUUAUAAAUGGCCACUUUGUAGAAAAUAUCUUAGAUCCCAAUAAAGAGCAGAUACUGAAAGGACCAGUUGUUAUAAAUGGCUGGGUCACUGUUUUAAGAAAUUUCAAUACAACUGGCAAGAUUGGAAAUGUAUUUUUACAUGAUUUCACAAAUAGAUUUGAAUCACGUGGAAAUAACUCUUAUGUUCUUCGCGGUAACUUUUAUUUCAAUGAAACCAGUUCCAUAACAAGACUGAAUACAAGUGGAUCAAUUCAAGGAUCAAUGUUUGACAGUUUUUUGGAGAGAGCAAUCUUUAAAAAUGAUGUGAAUAUUACAGUGUCUGGAUCGAAAGUAUUUAAAAGUCCAAUUACGUUUAAUAGCGCAUUUAUCAUUGAUGGCAGUUUAAAUAACUUAGAUUUAAACAGAUUUCACAAAAAUGCUGUUUAUAUUGAUAAACCUUUCUCGAUUAAUAUUAAAGUUAUGUUUAAAGAGGAUGUUUACAUACGAAAUGCUCUCGUAGUAAAAACAGAAUUACAAUCAAGUACCAUCAUGAAAGUCGAUAUAAAAGAUUUGCAGGAGAAUGUUAUUGAUCUUAAUAAACUUAGCUAUUUUUCAGAACGGAUUACAAUGGAUAAUGUGACUUUUCAAGCAGGCGUAAAAGUUGAACAAGUCAAUGACUUAAAAAUGGAUAUGUUGAUUCCAUUGCACACGAAACAGUCCAUCAUAGUUGAUAGACUUAAUUGUACUAAUGCCACCGUUAAAAACAUACAAAUAUCAGGACAUGUUAACAACUAUUAUCUAGAAGAUAUUUAUACAAACACUUUUUUGAUAUACGACAAUCAAAAUAUUUCGGGACACAUAAAGAUUCGAGGAAAUGUUUACACAUAUCAUGACUUUAAUGCAUAUCUCAUCAAUAGCUUUAAUCCUAAGCAAAUUGUUUCUGUAAUCGCCAAUGACACUUUAACCGGAAACUUCAUGUUCAAAACUCCAGUUGUCCUUGAUAAAAGUCUUAGAAUUUUGGGUCUUUUAAACGGAAUAAAUCCAAUUAAUUGGCAAGGUGUUGCAAUUAAGACAACAAAUGAAGCAAAGCAGAUUAUAUCUGGAAAGUGGAAAAUACAUGGAAAUAUCCAUUUCGAAGAAAAUAUUGACGGAAGUGAAUUUUUGAAUGGAGUUAAUGUCACGGAAAUAUCAACUGCUUUAUCACAGGAACACCCUCAAAUGGAUCAUAUCAUCGAUGAAACACACAUGGAUCUAAAUAAUUUGUGUGCAUUACAUUUAGACAUGCUUAAAUGCAAUGCUAUAAAUCAGAUAUACAAAUUCAAUACAUUUGAUUACUUAAAAAUUCAGGAAUUUGAAGGAGAUAUUCAUGAUAUCCGUACUAUUGAAUUUGAUAAUUUUGAUUAUAUAUUAGUAAAUUAUGAUACCUGCCGUAUAAAACUUAUACUGUAUACUCAGACCGAUUUUCAAGUGGUCGACGAAGUAUCCGAUUUUGGAUUAAUUGAUAAAUGGAUUUUUUUUAAGUCAAAUCGCUCUUUAUAUUUGCUUACCAUCGCAAAACACAUCUGCGGUAGAAGUCUUAAUAAUAUAUGGAAAUUGGAAAAUAAUAGAUUAAUGCAUGUAUUGGAACUUGGUAAUGCUAGCGAUAUUAUGGAUUUAUAUCAAGAUGUUUUUGUAGCAAUGACCAAUGAAAAUCUUGGAAGUGCUCCAGAAGAGAUUCAAUCAGAUAUAUUAAAGACUCUUAUCUCAUAUAAAAAUAAGAAUAAAAAAUUAAAUUUGAUGUCAAAUACUGAUCCAAUUGUCUCCGUUAAUCAAUCUUUAAUUUACGAAUUACAAGGAAGAUCUUCUAAUAACACAGAUGUAAAAGCUUGUCUUGAUUGUAACAGCAUACUAAGUUUUAAAGUAGGUAUUUAUGAAGAAGAAGAAUACAUUUACUACGACAAAGAAGUCAGCCAGGAUUAUAUAUUUUUGUACAGAAAUGACAUCUCGCAAACAAAGAUCUUGCAGACAAUAAAAGCACGUCUGCCGAAAUGGUUUUUGAUCCUGAAUUUUGAUGGACUUGUCGAAACAUUAUUUAUUUUUGUAGAAAAUGAUGAUACUAUCCAGAUUUACGAAUAUAGAGGUAUCGAAGGCUUCGUACAUAAAAAUGUUAUUAAAAUAAAGGUUGAUAAGUUAUAUAAUUUUAAAAUAAGAAAACACACUAAUCUAGAGAAAAGACAUUGUUUGGCUGUAAUACACAAGAAUCGAUUAACAAUUUUGGAAGCAAAAAUGUAUGGUGAAAAGUUGGACUUAAGAAAUUUAGCUAAAAACGUCUGUUACACGGACACCAAUGAAUUAAAAAGAUGUCAUUAAAUAUACAAUUGCUAUUAUUGUAUAAUGUAUUAAAAAUUUCUACUUUUAGGAAUUUUUUUUUUAAUUUAAUGAAAAUUGGCAUAUAACAUAGAAGUCAAGACAUUAAAAUAUAUAUUAUAUAUAUAUAUAUAU